UCUCCUUCAGCUCAUGGGGCCGCAGGAUGCUGCGCGUUCAGACACAUUAGGUAGAAACGAACGGGCCGAAGACGAAGAGAUUGCGAAUAAGCAAAUACCGAUUUUACGCAACCAGACAUUAUAGCACUUGAAAAAGGCAUGCUCUACUAUAAAGGUGUCCAAAAUUAGUUGGUUGUGUUCGGAGUGUAUGAUUGCUAUCAUCAUGAGCGCAUGGUUUGACAAUCCCUGAUGUUUUGAUUUUUGCGUCAAGAUUGACUACCGUCCGCUCCCUCGGUGCUGUCAAAAUUCAUUGAAGACUACUACAACCACAUACACUUACACUUACGCAAGGUUCCGUUUUAUCUGUGCGUGUGUGCGUGUAGCAAACGCACACUUCUUUCUGGCGACACACCGUUUAACCCGGUGUUGGUAACAUCAUCAACACAAGCGAAAAGUGAUUUUAAUUCAUUAUUCGAUUCGAGUUUCGUUCAGCAGACUUCCACUAACUCUGGACUAGUCCGUCUGUUCAAACGUUACGCUAGUGUGGAUCUGUACUGAUGUUGCUGCUUCCGUCGUAUUCCGUCAUCUUCGGUUGUCUUCUGUCCGUUCGCGGUGCUUCGUGCUACUGACUGAUGUGUACACAAGAUUAUUUUCGACAAAAUUACCUACAGUAUGUAGUCAGGAUCGCCCAUCGUUUUUAGGCGUAAACUUAUGAACUCGACAAGUGAAACCGUACAGUGUUUAGAAAGUGUGUGGGUAUCGUGUAAUUUGUGCAAUUUGUUUAUUUUCAACAGUUACAUGACGCCGAAAUCCAAGUGACCAUUGGCUCGGUGGCGAUAGUAGAAAAUAAAGCUUUUAGUUACCAAUGAUGAAAAGGAAGGAGUGCGAUAGCGUGCAUUCAAUUAAUUAUUAGUGCUGCAUUUUGGGUGUUUUCGUGCAAACAUAGUAGGCUUAGGACGAAAAUGCCAGACCACGAUAUAGAGAUAAUAACAAGCGAGCAGCUGCACGCUGAGUUGCGAAAAUCACACAAAAAUUUUAUCAUCCUCGAUUGCCGUAGUUCGAAUGAGUUCGCAGAAAGUCACAUUCGUACGGCGGUCAAUUUCAGCAUUCCGAGCAUAAUGCUGCGGCGGUUCGCCGCUGGCAAGAUCGACAUUACCUCGACGAUCAAGUGUCGUGAUUUGAAGGAACGAAUACUUUCCUGCUACAAGGAAAGCACCUUUGUGUUGUACAACAACAGCAACGACGUGGUAAUCAACGAUCCAGGAUACAAUAAUCAGACGACGAAUGACACCACAAUCAACGUGUUGCACAGAAAACUUAAGCAAGAUGGCUGCCGUGUGGUGUGUCUUGAAGGCGGCUAUGCGAACUUUCGGCAGUCGUUUCCGGAAUGGUGCGAGGAUGAAGUCAUAAAUGCUAACCUGCAGUCGGGAUGUGCCGCUACCGAGCAACUGAUGGGAUUGAGAGCCGAAGACCACUCAGGAAGCGGUCUAGCACCACACCAUCGGAAGCUGCUCCGGAGAUCGGUUGGCGCUGCGCUGCCGCUGCUCGCAUAUCCAUCACUCCGCAUAUCCAUUCCGUUCUCGGACUCGGCCUGCAGCAGCAGCACCGAAUCAUCCGAUUGCGAAAGUACAACGAACUAUCUCGCUGAACCGGUCAAAGUCGAACCGGUUGAGAUUAUGACUGGCCUCUUCCUUGGAAACGCUUCCCAUAGCGAGGAUAUUAAAUCACUGAAAAAGUACAACAUUAAGUAUAUUUUAAAUGUGACUCCUGAUUUGCCAAAUGUUUUUGAACGCGACGGACAUAUAAAGUAUCUCCAAAUACCGAUUACCGAUCAUUGGUCCCAAGACUUGGCGGGACAUUUUCCGAAUGCAAUAAAAUUUAUCGAUGAAGCCCGCUCGAAGGGUGUCGGCGUGCUGGUACAUUGCCUGGCGGGUGUUUCCCGAUCGGUGACGGUGACGCUGGCCUACAUUAUGUUCGCCCGGACACUUAGCCUAAACGAUGCGUUCUCGCUGGUACGAGCUCGCAAACCAGACGUUUCACCAAAUUUUCAUUUUAUGGAACAGUUGGAUACCUUCGAACGCCAGUUAAGCAUUGAUUCGAGCCAACGAGCCAAAUUGCUUCCAAGCACCGAUAGUGGCGGUAUUGGUGUUGGUGGUUGUUCAUCCUCUUCAACGCCUUCCUCGUCCUCCUUUUGCAGAAGUGACUUUCCCUCCUCUAGUGGGUUGACCCUGCAGCGCAACCUUUCCGGUGAUCAGCCAGCUUCGCAAGACCGAGCAGCUUCCGGACCACGCACACACAUGGGCAAGUACAGUUGCACCUGCUUCGAGGUUGAGUGUAAAUGUACUCAAGCGGCCAUCGAACUGCUGGGACCGUUCAGCAGUGGCAUCUCACCAGAUUCCGGUAUCGAGUUCGACCGUUGGACUCCCAGCAGUGACACGCCUAAAUGAGAUUUUGCCGUAGAGAAAAAAUUCACUCUUCCAGACCCGAUUCAAUUGAUUGAACCGCAGAACCGCCAAAUGUCGCCAUCCUCUGAACAGCAACAGUAGAAUAGUAGGGCUUCGGGAUCUGAAAGAAAGGUUUUUUUCUCUACACAGCCAUAAGAAAAAAUGAAGAAUCAGGUUUGAUAAAAAAAAACAUAAUUUGUUGUAGCUAAAAGAGCAGAUUUUAAUGUAGAGCAAUGUGACGUUGUUGAAUUGCCUGGUAAGCAAAAGUCCAUCAAUUUUUAUCUUGGUAACCUUAAGAAUCAACUCAUCCGCGUUAUAGGGCUCAAGUGAAUCGAAAAGAACAGAAGUUGACGUGAGCAUCUCUCGAAUUGAUCAAUGGUUCUUUCCACAAUGACAUAUUUUUUCUCCAGUAGCGCUCCAAUCCAAUGCCCCUUUUUCCACGAUUUUUAUUUGUCAUCCAAGAAAAACGUAUCUUAAGCCUAGCCGAGUCAGGGAAAAUAUACUCAAAUUUGAGCAACAGAAAUAAAACACAAUUUGUAGUAGAAAAACGAUUUUUCUAAAUCAACACACAACUCAGUUUUCUACAGAAAACAUUCAUUACGGAACCUAUAUUAUUAUAUUGACUAACGCGCAGGGUUGCGGUACAAGCUUUUCGCCUAACCAACAUUCAUACACAGACAGAACAAGGUAACAACGUGGACGCCAGGUGUUUGCUAGGUAUUUGCGGAAUGUACAAUUAAAAAUUACGUUACUAGCGAUAAGUGAGGUGAUCUAACCCUAAAGCGUUUUGAGCUACACGAAAAUGAAAUAAGGAAAUAAAAAUGAUGAAAAAAUAACUUAUGAUGAUAAUUAAGUUGAAUUCGUAAUGCGAAUGAUCAUUGAAUACACUAAGAACCAAGAGAGUUUUGGAGCUAACCGGACAGCAAUUAUUUAUAUAUUAACUUUGGAUUACAUUGUACUAUGCGUAUCAAUUCAGCUAUUCGCCAGAGGCGAAGCUACCAGAACAAAACUAAUUUAAUUGCCAACAGUCAGUCCAGUAAAUGUUGUUCGAUCAAUACAGAAAAGUUGUGUAAUUAUUAACUUUGACAGGUAAACAGUAUACACACUUACUGUGCAUACAACAAAAGAAAAACGCUGAAUUUUGAUGAAUUCGAUUCUGACACAAAACAAUUAUUAGUCAACAGACAAAAUACACAAAAUACUACUACUACUACUGAGAAUGCACACAGAUUGAGCUGGAAAUAAUUAUUUAAGCAAAUGAGGAUUCACUUUUCAAAAGUCUAAAUGAAACUGUUCCAGAGUACUUUGAUAGUAAAAAGCAAGAAAAACAAACUAAACUAGUAACGAGUCGCAGCUUAGCGCAAUCGCGAUUUUUUUUUCUCAAACAAACACUUAGAAGGAUACUAUAUUAAAAAUGAAAAGUUGUAGAAAUAUAUUCAUGAUAUUUAUGUCAGUAAAAUAA